UGACAAUUUACCAAAACAGCAAUCCAGCAGAUGACGCGCUUCACCACACUGGUAAACUUCCUCACGUGACCACGCGCGACCUGCCGGUCACGCUCGGACAUCGUUCACCGCGAAGUCUUGCAGGCAUCAACUCUUUUUUCUCUUUUUCCCUUUUUUUCCUUUUGUCCUUUUGCUACUUCCUUGUUGCGGGCGAUUUUGCUGUCGCUGUGCAGUUCACUAUAGAGGAUCCACUCCUUGUGCAUUAUUUGUAAGAUCACCGCUUCUAUGACUACCGUGGCGGGUUUUCUGCCGGCCCGUCUUACGUUGGCUUCGUCCCAACCAAAGUUUCCUUCAUCGACUGACAUUGGCGUUUCAUCAGCGGAUUAGAAGUAGCCCGCCCCCUUUUACAACCGUAUGAGUCCGCAUAUACAGAAGGAGUGACAAAGGCACACGACUACUGUUUUUGUGAGAAAUGGCGACAGCAAAUACCGCGUCCAGCAGUAAACCUGCUGGGUCAAAACCAGUAGAUGAAGAAUUGGAACGCGUGACCAAAGAGAUCAAGGAGUGCAAGAAGGUGGAUGACCCUGUAAAGAUGGAAAAAUGUCUCCAGGACAGUUUAUCAUAUCUCAUGGUUCUACCUUCGACCACUCACUUUUUCUGUAAAAGUCACAUUCGGAUAGUCGCUACCCACGUUCUUCAAAUAUUUGCUUUUGACAACACUCCAGAACUCGAAUGGCUAAAAACCACCCUUGCAAAACAGCUGCAGGAAUGCUAUCUAUGCGUGAAGGCGUACCACAAGGAAAAAAUUCCACUUAAAUUGGAAAUGCUGGAUCAAGGGAUCGACGAAUCUGACGUUGAAGCAUUUGUUAAUGUUCUUGAAGCAUGGGAUAUCGAACGCGUAACAGCGACGCUGCAGCCGUCUGCCGCCAAAUGCGAGGCGGCUUUGAAAGCUGAUCCGAAGAAAGCAAUUGAACCGGCCGUUAUGUCUGCCAGCUUCAACUCGGUAUAUGAGUGUCUCUAUGCUCCCCAUUUCCUCCUGGCGUCGAAGGAGCUGGCGAGUGUCUUUCGGGUUCUGUUUCUGGGUAUUCAGAACGGCGGUAGAUUUCUCAGGCUUCCGAAUAACAUUGUUCCUGCUAUGAUCACAUUCAGAUUCAUGCAUGACGAGCCAGAGUAUGUCAGAUGGGCGGAGAAAUCACUAAACAUCUUGACGAACAAGGUCACCGCGCAGGACUUUGAUUCCUGCGUUCACCGGGCAUAUCAAGAUUGCGUGCAUAGCUACAUCGAACGCCGGAACAGCUCUUCGGAGGAUAUUGUGAGAUUUUGGAAGGGAAUGUACCGCUUGCUGACAGCGCUGACGAAGCCGGUUAUUCUUCGUCAUUGCUGCGGAUCCGGCGCUGGUAACGGUGGUGCAUCCGACGACAGUAUUGUCAAACUUGCCUGGAGAGACGUUCAGGCCUCGCCAAAUAGUCUGCCUACGUUAUUGCAUGCAUUUUCGGUACUUCUCACCAAACUCGAGUCAGAUAUGUGGCCUGUGUCGUCCCCGUUCAUUGCUACCUCGUUCACCGAUAUCAUCUUCAGCGAUUCCUGUAGUGCAAUCUUUGAGAAUGCGCUACGGGAAGUUGCCUCACAAGCUCAGAAAAUCAACGUUUUGCUGGAGUGGAUCUGGCCGUUCAUUCGCUCGGUAUCGGGAUCCAACAAGCUCAAAGUAUGCGAGCUUCUGACAGCAAGACUGCUCGGAAAAUACCAGGAUCCAAUGAAAUUUGGAGUGGCAAAUGAUUAUCUGCGUUCCCGGCUUCUACUAGCUGGAUUUAACGUUUUAAAGCUGUUGCUGGAUUUUGGAAAAGCGGAUAAAAAUGAUCUUUUCCGAUCGUCAUACUCGGUUGACAAGAUCAUGCGUCGAGAGAGUAGGAACUGCGCAGAGACUUAUGCCACUCUUUUUGUCGAUCACGCUAGCCGGCCUGCGAGCGAAGGAGAUGACCCUGAGGUCAAGAAGGCUGCCAUGGACGUCGUCGUUGCGUGUAUUGCGGUCGACUGCAUUUCAAUUACCGAAGAAAGCGAACACAUGAUUGCGGAGGUUCUUGCUUCAGCAGCUAUAAAGCAAAAAGACGUCACGCAGCCCGUGCUGGACGAAGCGGAUAAUGACGCUGUAGCUGCUCAAUCCCAGGAAAGCACGACCUUCUGCUUCGGCGACAAGUUCUGGGGUCUUUUGCAGCGACGCCUGCCGGAGGAUGAUACCGAUUUCGCACUGACAAUUAUCCAGAGUCUGGGAAAGACCAAAAUCUACCUUGCUGAGACGAUAGACAACAUUCGGAUCAACAACGAAGCAGCUGGUGGCAGCAAUGCUUCGAAUGCGACUUCACAGCUAAUCGCGCUGAAAAUACAAAAGUUCAAAAAACUGAGCAGCUUGAUCGACAAAUCGUUGUUUGCGGUCUCAAAGAUCUUACAGCAUAUCAGUGAUUUCAGUGCAAUCAAGCUUCAAAAGCAGCUCCUAGCCGACCGCGAAUGCGUCGAGGUCCUGCUUUCAUGUUCGCUUUCGCCCCAUUCGGCGUUAUCGCGUACCAGUCUUGAGAUUGUUAAGCAAGCCUAUGACGCGGAGGGUAGAAUGGAGUCCCUUCGAGGAUUGUUUUCGUCAAACCCGGCUUUUGUUUUGAGCGGAUACGUAUCUACUCUGAAGAAUACAGUCUUGACAGCUGUGCUGACGGGUGCCGGACCAGUUCCAAAAUUGGUGCGGAUGACGAUGGAUAUCAAAGAUCUUAUAUUUGAUCCCCGCGAUGGAUAUAUUGCGACGCACAACAGCGCGAUUGCGGAUAAAGAAGUUCGCGCGGCUACUCGCUCGUUCUGGGACGCGACCUGGAGAUCUCUGGCUUUUAUCUACAAGCGGACACUGACAUGGGCUCGGGCCUAUCCCAAGGACAUGAUGGUUGAUUACAUGCGCGAUAUUCUGGAGCUUAGUUCGCAGCUGUUUGACAAUUAUCAGCUGCUAGAGCAGGCACUUACUACGAAUGUGGAUGGAGGAGUCCCGGUGAUUGACUUGCAGACUAUAUCGCCAUCCAAACCAACUGCAGUAGGGAUCGAGAUUCUGAAUGUCCUGAUUGAUCCACUUCGACAAAUGUCGCCGUGGCUACGACUUCAGGACACGGCCCUGCUGGAAAUGUGUGUGCACCUUGUCUGCGGUCUAUUGAAAAAGAUGCAUACGGCUCAUGUCGAGGUUCCCAACGACAUUCUGAAGCGACUAGACAAGCUAUCUCACAAAUCAGAAGUCAAUUAUAACAACCUCACAGACGGUCAAUGCUAUGACAUCGUCAUGGCGAUCAGCGAGUUUGACUAUCAGCUGAUGUACGACAGAGCCGAGAGCGCCGAGAGCGAUGUGAAGUCAGAGCCCACGGAACAAGUGAAGUCUGAACCCAGCACAGCUACGAAACCACACGCAAAGAGCAAGGAGAAAGGACUAGACAGCUGGCUCGAGAGAGGUUCUACGUUGCAAUCGAAAAGUGCCGCGCCAAAGGACCCCAGGCAGCAUGCCCUUGAAGCCGCGUUCAAGCAAGCUCAGGAUGAGGAAGCUAAAGCCGAAGCUAUACUCAAGGCUAGCCGGCUCAAUACUGUCAGACAGAAUCUACACGAGCAGCGUCAAAGGAUGGCUGCGGCUAAGGCUGAGAAUGAGGUAAUUCAUCCUCCUCGUCCUCCUGGAUUCAGAGUUACCGAGACCGCUGGUGCUGCCCCACUGUCGAGGGUUGCGGGGGCUAAACAUGCUGCUCCCUUAGCCUCUCUUUCGGACGACAGUUCUGACGAGGAGAGUGACGAUGACAUUGACUCUCUGUUCACGCUGGCCAAACACAACCGGCCAGCAGUCAAAGGAAAUACUUCUUCGGCGAUUGCGCCCAUGCCUCUACGCGUGCAUUCAUCUGUGUCAGGAGUAAGGAGGCCGUUCACGCCUCCGGCAAUGUCAGAGAAAGAGAGGUCAGAACGCAACAUGCGGGCGCGUUUGCGCGUGAAUAUGAGCGCGCUGUACCAUCGGAUCCUUAGAUGGGACUAUCACAGUGAGAGCGAUCUUCCUUCAGACGAAUUCGGAGGGGAUCUUUCAAAGUAUAAGCCGAUUCCGAAUAAGUUUAAUUCCGCGAUGGAGUACAAGGCCGUGUUUGAACCGCUAUUGAUGUUGGAAGCUGUCCAGAGUAUCGUCAAGUCCAAGAUUGAGAAGUACGAUAAGCCGUUCAGAUUGACGGUUAACAAUCGCGCUUCUUGUGAUGACUACAUUGAAAUCUAUGCUUCCUUGGACUCCAAACUACUUCCAGUGCUCAAGAUCGGAGACAUGGACGUUAUUGUCAUCACCUUCAUUCAGGAGGAGCAAAAUCUGAACAUGGGUCAAGGUUUAAAGGGACGGCCUGCACAGUGGCCGAGUCCGAAAUAUCUGAAUUGCAUGGCAAAGAUCAAGGAGAUCAAGCGAUCACAUAACGAGUUAUCGGAUAUGGUUCUACGCUGUCUGCCUAGUCCAGAGUUGGCACGCAAUUUGCUGCCCAAAACUGAGCUCAACGGACUGCGAGUCAUGAGUAUGACUACGAUUGAGAGAGAGUACAGCUCUUUACAAGGAUUGCCAUACUAUGAUCUGUGUGAUCAGAUUUUGCAGGCUCGGCCUGCGAAUAUGGUGCGCGCCGAAGGAGCUAAGAUCAAGAGAGCACAGCAGAUUUACAAAGUGAACGCUCCUCAGGCCGGAGCAAUCAUUGGAGCUAUGGAAGCCACUGGUUUCACGUUGAUUCAAGGUCCUCCCGGAACCGGAAAGACUAAAACCAUUCUAGGUAUCAUUGGCGCCACGCUUUCGACCACCAAAUCGCGCGGUAUCCCGAUCGGUAUCCCCGGCCAACGUGCGCAGGCACCGAAAGAGCCUGCUACGUUAGAGCAGAAGCGGAUCUUGGUUUGCGCGCCUUCUAAUGCUGCGGUCGACGAACUGGUGCUUCGGUUGAAGGGCGGAAUCCGCAAUUCGUCUGGCGAGUUUUUCAUUCCGAAGAUGGUUCGACUUGGCCGGAGUGAUGCUGCUAAUCCCGCGGUACGCGAUCUGACGUUGGAAGAGCUCGUUGAUGCAGAGGUUGCCAAAUUUGAAGAUGAAAACAACAAAAAGAAAGGAAUUUCGAUUGACAAGUCCAAGACUUUACGCGAGGAACUAAACGCGGUUCUUGCCGAAAGAUCCGAGAUUGACGCGCAGCUGAACACGACUGAAGACGCAGCAGAGCGCGCGAAACUGCGCGAGCGACGGGAUGUUUUGCAUGCGAAGAAAGCGGCACUCGGACAGAAGCUCGACGAGGAGCGCGAUCGGCACUCGGUUGCGGUGCGGGCUAGCGAAAUUGAGCGGCGAAGCAUUCAGGCGCGGCUUGUGACUGAUGCGGAGAUUUUGUGCGCUACGCUGUCUGGAGCCGGACAUGAGUUGAUGGCAUCGCUUGCGUUGACGUUUGAUACUGUUAUUAUCGACGAAGCAGCGCAGUGUGUUGAGCUAUCGGCGUUGAUCCCGUUGAAGUACGGUGCGACGCGCUGUGCGAUGGUCGGAGACCCUAAUCAGCUCCCGCCUACGGUGUUGUCGCAGACCGCGUCCAAGUAUCUAUACGAGCAGAGUUUGUUUGUCCGGAUGCAGAAGAACUACCCGUCGUCUGUACACUUGCUGAGUAUCCAGUACCGAAUGCACCCUCAGAUCUCAAAGUUCCCCAGCGCCCAGUUCUACCAGUCUCGCCUGAUUGACGGCGACGGCAUGGCUGACCACACCGCUGCGCCCUGGCACUCGGGCGCCGAGCAGUUUGGACCCUAUCGUUUCUUUGACGUGCACUCGCGAGAGCAAGUCUCCAAGACACACUCAUAUUCCAAUCGAGCGGAGGCUGAGUGCGCGAUAACGCUAUACAAGCAGGUCUGCGACACGUUUCCGGACGUGAAUUUUGAAGGUCGUGUCGGUAUCGUGACGCCGUAUAAGGAGCAGCUGCGAACGCUGCGGGAGACGUUCAUGCGCGCGCUGGGUCAGACUGGAAUACAGGGCAUUGAUUUCAAUACUAUCGACGGUUUCCAGGGACAGGAGAAGGAUAUCAUUAUUCUGUCGUGUGUGAGAGCGCAGCCAGCGGGAUCAGGACGAGGAGUGGGAUUCAUUUCCGACAUCCGACGAAUGAACGUCGCGCUGACGCGUGCAAAGUCCUCGCUGUGGAUUAUCGGAAACGUCAGCAGUUUGGUCGUGAGUGAUGUGUGGAGGAAUCUGAUUGACGACGCGAAGAAGCGAGGACUGGUUUCGUUCUUUGACGGUCACAGGGUCGUUUCGGGAAAUUACGAGUAUGCCGGUCCUACCGCCGGAUCGUCAUCUUCUUCGUCCGCAGCUAAGAGUGGCAGUAAACCCAAGGUUCCGCAGAAGCGGCCGAAAGCGAACGGUGAGGCCAACGCUUCAAAACACAGGAAACUUAAUGACGAGAAAAAGUAAGGUGCCUGACAGCGAAGCGCUCACCGGGCUCGCUCACCGGGCUACAUUCUCCCGAGGCAUGAGAAGAAAAUGGAGAGAAAAAAGACGAAGAAAAAAGAUUGUUAGUCUAGUUUCUGUCUUUCCCUAUCGAGAAGGUUAUCUUCAAGAGGGAUGCAUACUUUGGAGUGCUGUUAAAUAAAAUUAAUUUGUGCAU